AUGGAUGCGAAUUCUCGGGAUGACGUGGUACUCACACUGACACAGGAUGAUGAUGCCUUGGUACACGAGCAGGUCCGUCGACGCCGCCUAGCCCUCAUCUGUCACUUUUCUGCGCGUUCCAUCGCCCUACUUUUUUACCUUUUCUGCUCAUGGUUCACCACCGCCUUCAUCGCACCCGUCGUUAUUCUCCUAACCCUCUUUGCUGUCGACUUUUGGCUCGUGAAAAACGUGAGUGGUCGCCUCCUUGUUGGCCUCCGUUGGUGGAAUUCAAUCGAUACAGAAACCGGCGCUUCCAAGUGGGUAUUUGAGUCGGCACCUAAAGAUAACCCAGGUGGCGUGCCCCUGAGCACUCGAGAGCAAGCUAGAAAGAAGUCGGCCGCGCGACUAUUUUGGCUUGGACUCCUAGUCUUUCCGCUGAUUUGGGCCAUCCUCGUCCUCGUGGCGGUGUUUUCCCUGAAACUGGCGUGGUGUUUAGUGGCUCUGUCGGCACUCUUCGCUUGCUCCGUGAAUGCCUAUGGAUAUCUGAGAUGUCGAUUCAAAAGUACGCCGAUUCUCGGUGGGGAGUCCUCAUCGUCGUCGUCGUCACUGAGGGGCAUUCUCUCCGCUUCUCUGGCGAAAUCCGUCAUCUCUGACCUCUGGUCCGGGGGGGACGAGGGACAAAGGACACAGCCACAACCACAAAGUACUUUGACUUCUGUUGUUUGA